AUGCCCCUCUGCCAGAGCAGUAUCGAUACGUGGUCCGCUUCGGGAGAGGGCAAGAACGGUGGUGCGUCCGUGUUCGCGCGUCCAUUAGCGUGGGGCGACAAGGCGGAAUUGGACGAGUUUAGGCCAUUCACCCACAUCCUCAUGUGUGAUCUCGUAUAUUUCCCACACCUAUACCCGCCCCUCCUGAGGACUCUGUUGGAGGUUACGGAACCCGAGGCUGGUGAGAUGCCGCCCUCGGACGUGUUUGGGCCCGAGAUCAUCCUUGCUUGGAAGUCGCGUUCGCUCGGACUUGAAGAGAGUUUCUUUGAUUCGUUUGCGCGGUAUUUCCGCAUGGAACCUGUCAUGGGGUUUACUGGUGACGCCAAGCUUUUCCUCUGUCGUCGGUGGCGGGUUACAGAGGAGUGGCGGCUGCCUGAGUUGAGCCGCGUCAUGAAUGGCGCCCCGGGCGUCAUUGUCGGGCGCAGCUUUGGGCUCGCCGAGAGCCUGUUCGCCGAGAUGGAGUGGGACUAG